AUGGAGGCACAGAAAUACGUAUGGGAAGGAGCAAUUCCAUUACAAAUUCAUCUUCACGAAUCAGAAGUAACCAGCCUUCCACCACCACCACCAGCAUUAAUCUUAGCACCUAGAAUUGGUUACUUACCUUUGCUUCUUCCUCUUAUUAAGCCUUACUUCUCUUCUGCUCUCCCUCCUGGUCAAGAUACUCUUUGGUUUGAUUACAAAGGAUUGCCUCUCAAAUGGUAUAUACCAACAGGGGUUCUUUUUGAUCUUUUUUGUGCUGAACCUGAAAGACCUUGGAAUUUGACGGUACAUUUUAGAGGAUAUCCUAGUAAUUUGUUGAUUCCCUGUGAAGGUGAAGAGUCUGUAAAGUGGAGCUUUAUUAAUUCACUGAAAGAGGCAGAUUACAUAAUCAAUGGAAAUUGCAAAAAUGUUAUGAAUAUGUCUCAAUCUGAUCAAGUGGAGCUGUGGCGCUCUGUUAUGGAUGGCAAUUUGGACAAAUAUCUCCGUGCAUCAUCAAAGCUUAAACUUGGAACACUCGCCACUGAUGAGGGAGAUAUGGCUGGGCAAGUGAAAGCAGGUAAAAUUCCAAUUCGAUUGUAUGUUCGGAGCGUUCAUGAGGAUUUUGAAGAUCUGGAAGAUGCAACUGAAAUUGAAAACUGGGAUCAAAUUUCUUACAUAAAUCGUCCUGUCGAAAUUCACAAAGAAGAAGAAAUGACCCCUCUUAUAGCAGUGUCUGUAUUUCUAUGUGAUCCCUCUGUCUAUUUGUGUGGUGGGGAGACAUUUCUGAGGUCUAAGCAUUCCUGUAAAUACUUCACCCUUCACGAUGCACUAAGAACUCUUCUUCCUGAAUUUUUUGGGGUCAAAUCCUUGAUCAGCGAUGAAUCAUGUGGAGAAGAAGGUGAAGAUGCACAAAAAGUUUCAUCAGAAGAUGUAGGCAGCAAUGCAGGAGGAGAAGAGGGGAAAGAAAUUUUAAAUCAACUCUUGGAAUCUUCCUGCACAUCCAAUGAUGCUGAAAUCAAACUCGUCCGCAUCCAAGGGAUCGAACCAAAGUUGGAAAUACCCUUCUCUUGGGUGGUGAACAACUUAAAGAAUCCUGAGCACUUUCUCCAUAUCUGUGUUUGUGUCAAAGUUCCAAAUGUAAAUGCUGCAUGA